AUCUUCAACUCUUCAAGUUCAAGCAUGGAUUAUCAUCUCUCUUAAGAAGAGAACAAAAAGAAAGAACCUUUUUCAAUCAUCCACAACAUCAAAAAAUUCCAUUUUAUUUUUCUACCUUAUUUCCCUCCAUUUUAUCACAACCCUUAAAACCCAUUUAUAUUUCUCUCUUUACUUUUUCAUCAUCUCUCUAUAAUUUGAGCUAAUUUGGUGCAAUUUUUUUUUGGUGUUUACCCUUCAACUCAAGCAAACAACUUCUUUAGCCAUGUCUUUCAGAAGGUCCAACUCUAUGUCUGGGUUGUCUAUUGCGGACCAAAGCAAAAAAGCAUUUCUUGAGCUAAAGAGAAAGAAGGAUCAUCGCUACGUAGUAUUCAAGAUCGAUGAGAAGAAAAAAGAGGUGGUAGUUGAGAAGACUGGCACGCCAGCAGAGAGCUAUGAUGAUUUUUUGGCUGUCUUACCAGGAAAUGACUGUCGAUAUGCAGUUUAUGAUUAUGAUUUUGUGACAUCUGACAACUGCCAAAAGAGCAAGAUUUUCUUCUUUGCAUGGGCUCCUUCAACGUCUCGUAUACGUGCCAAGAUGUUGUACGCUACAUCAAAGGAGAACUUCAAGCAGGAGCUUGAUGGUGUACAUUAUGAGAUUCAGGCUACUGAUCCUUCAGAGAUGGAACUCGAAGUGCUGAAAGAACGCGCACAUUAACUAUACAGACUGCACUACAGAGAUGCUUCUUUCGCACAUUGGAAGAACUGAUCACCAAAAGUCUGACUCUUGAAGCUCAUAGGUUGUUGCUGUUGUGACAUAUAUACUGUUAGCUACUUAACCUGUGUUGCUUGUCAGACUAGGACGACAUUACCCACAUGUAAACUUACUACCAACUAUGAUGUUCUGAUUCUUGGAAAUUAAAACUUGUUCUUUCAGCCUUUGAUGCAUAAAUUGGAGUAUAAUUCUUCAUUGACA